AAAUAAUUCAAACAGGAUGGUAUAAUACCGCGUAAAAUAGAAUGCAAUUUUAAAAAGUUGGUAAGAGUGAUAGGAGGUCAUUGUUCGGUUGGUUCGCGCGGGUUGUAAAGAAGCCGAAGUUGCACGAACUUAAAGAACGACGAGAAGUCGAAGAUGAUCGAGGGUUAGCGAAUCACGGCGAGGCAUUCCGAAAGAAACCGAGCAAUGUGAUUGGUCAAGAGAAGGAGUUAACGGGCGAAAGACGCGAAGAACGCGAGAGACGGAUGUAGAGUGACAAGAGCUUACGCCUUCGUCCCUUCGGAUAUCGAUGCUUUUACGCAUUCUCAGAGCUUACGAAUUACAUGGAAAUACGAAGGAUUUAACGGCGUUUAAAAUUGGACAUUUCACCUUAACGAUCGUAAAUUCUCAUGUCGAAGAUUUCAUAAAAAAGCGAAGCGGCUGACACAUUGCUCCAGUGCGGUGGAUUUCAGUGAGUGAAAGAAAAGAGAUAGGUAGAUAGGUACAUAGAUAGAGAAAGAGAAAGAGAGAGAGAGAAAGAAAGAGAGAAGGAGGGAGAUUUAGUAGAAAGUAGAGGGGGUUUCGAAAAGCGAAAAGAAUAUACAAGGAACUGACGUGUUGCGGGCGCAUCGAACGUGUGCGGUCAACACACCUUGCGACGACGAUAGGUACACGUUAUUACGGUACGUCGUGCGAUAUUUACCGUUCAUUCAAGAAUGUUUUAAUUACAUUCCGUCUGCUCGCGCUCUUGUAACUACGGUUUAACGUGUAUGUCCCCGUUUGUCUGUGCGUCGUGUUCUAGUGUGUGUGCGCGCGCGUAUCUGCCCUUUUUUCCAGUAACGAGACGAUUACGGCAACGACGACGACGACGAGAACGAGAACGAGAACGACAACAACGUCGGUGACGACGGUAGUGACGACAACGGCGAAUACAAAUUCGUACCGUUCUCUCCUGUUGUAAAUAUAUUCGAAAGGAAGAGUUUACAUCGACCUCCUUGCAUUACCACGUUUUAUUUGUAUACGCGUGCCGAGUGUAUGGUUGAUAUUAUUGGUUGUGUGUAUGUUUGUAUGUAGUGUAUACUUUUAGUGUAUUUGUGUGCGAGUUCUCAUCGGCACUUACACGUUGCCGCUCGUGUUAUCAUCGUCGUGAACGAAGGCAACGAGGAUGCUCAAGUUUAUAAGAGGAAAGGGCCAACAACCCACCGCCGAACGGCAGAAACUUCAGAAAGAUCUCUUUGCCUUUCGAAAAACAGUGCAACAUGGCUUUCCAAACAAACCAACAGCUUUUGCAUGGGAUCCGAGUUUACGACUGAUGAUCAUUGGAACGACAUCCGGCGCCAUCAAAGUAUUUGGAAGACCCGGUGUUGAAUUUUAUGGUCAACAUUCCAGUGAAAGUGGUGAAAAUGCAGUUACAAAAAUUGUCGCCAUACCAAAUGAGGGUCGCAUUGUUUCUCUCUGCGAUGAUAAUUCCUUACAUUUAUGGGAAAUCAAUGAAAAUUCGGUUGUGGAGACAAAAUCAUUAUCAUUGGAAGGAAAAUUGAAGAAAAUUUCAGCAAUGUGUUUGGAAUCAAGCGGAGAACAUCUACUUUUAGGAGUAGAAGGUGGUAACAUUUAUCUUCUGAAUUUGAAAACGUUUGCAGUACCCGAUAACAUCAUUUAUCAAGAUGUAGUAAUGCAAAAUGUACCCGACGAUUAUAAGAAAAAUCCAGGAGCAGUUGAAGCUAUAGCAGAACAACCAGGUCAUCCAGACAACAUUCUUAUUGGAUAUAAUCGAGGUUUGAUGGUACUUUGGAAUAAAGCUACUCCAGGAGCACAACAGCUGAUGGGUUUGUUUUCGCGUACGCAGACAUUCGUAUCCACGCAACAGCUGGAAUCAGUGCAUUUUAUUUCUGAGAGUCGGUUUGUCUCAUCUCACAACGAUGGAUCCUAUACAUUCUGGAGUCCAGGUAGCGAUGCAGUACCAGAUCCGACGACACCGUAUGGCCCUUUUCCUUGUAAAGCUAUCACGAAAAUUCUUGUUUAUCCAACUGCCGAGCAUGGAGAAUUGGUGCUCUUUUCUGGUGGUAUGCAACGUGCAAGUUAUGGUGAUCGUCACACCAUCACUGUUAUGACGAAAGACAAACACGUCGUAUUUGAUUUUACUUCGAAAGUUAUUGACUUCUUCACCGUAUUUGCCAGAGACGAAGAUGGCAAAGAUAUACCAGACAAUCCUGAAGCUUUGAUCGUAUUAGCCGAAGAAGAAAUUGUAGCUAUUGAUUUAACAAAUCCACAAUGGAAAAUGAUGGCUUUACCUUAUUUGGUAUCUUUACAUGCUAGCGCGGUAACUUGUUCUCAACAUGUUCCAAAUGUCCCUGAAGAACUUUGGGAUUCAAUAGUGUCUGCUGGUAAAGCACAGACAGAACACUUAUACUCGGAUAAAGAAUGGCCUAUAGACGGGGGAACCAUUUUAUGUAACAAACCGGAAAAUCCUGAUAAAAUUGAAAACAGAGAAUUGUUACUAACCGGUCACGAAGAUGGUACAGUGAGAUUUUGGAAUGCAUCGGAUGUCUCGUUAACACCUUUAUAUAAAUAUAAUUCAUCGAUUCUUUUUACCGGAGAGCACUUAGACGUGCUUGAACAGCCACCAGAAGAUGACGAAGAUGAAUGGCCACCAUUUCGUAAAGUGGGCACGUUUGAUCCAUAUUCUGAUGACCCACGUCUAGCAGUUAAAAAAGUUCUUUUAUGUCCGUUAUCUUCAACAUUAGUAAUAGCAGGAACAGCUGGCCAUGUAGUUACUGCUGUAAUAUCUUCUGAACCAGUUAAUAAAGAAAUCAAAGCAGUUACUAUGAAUAUUGUUAAUGAUCGCGAUGGAUUUGUAUGGAAAGGUUACGAUCAUUUACCCGUAAGGACUGCCAGUAUAUCCUUUGCAAUUGGUUUUCAACCUCAAAGCAUUCUACAGUUAUAUCCACCAGCUGCUGUUACUGCAUUAGCAAUGCACAGUGAAUGGGGUUUACUUGCUACGGGUACAGCUCAUGGUUUAGCAGUUUUUGACUACACAAGGGUAAAGCCUGUUACUGUUAAAUGCACACUUAAUCCAAAUGAUCUUUCUGGUGCAGGAGACACACCAAUUUCUAGGCGAAAAUCAUUUAAGAAAUCUUUAAGGGAAUCUUUCAGAAGGUUAAGAAAAGGAAGAUCACAAAGACGGACAACUACUAGUAGUCCAACAAGAAGUGCCGUCAUAGAGAAAAAGAAAGAAAUCUCUAGCGUAGCAUCUUCACCAAGUGCUGAUUUAUCACCCAUGGAAUUAAAACCGGUAGAAAGGCAAGUCGAAGCUAGACCAGUAGAUGAUGCGUUAGGGUCUAUGGUACGAUGCUUAUAUUUUGCAAGAAGUUAUAUCAUAAGCAUGCAAAACACAACUCCAACGCUUUGGGCAGGUACUAACAACGGGACAGUAUAUGUUUUUACUUUAGCAAUACCUGCUGGUGUUAGGAGAACAGAAGAAGACGUAAAUUGUACACUUGGAAAAGAAAUUCAGUUGAAGCAUCGUGCACCAGUCAUUGCUAUAACUAUAUUAGAUGGUUCGAAUAUACCUUUACCAGAACCUUUUGAAGCAGAGAAAGGUGUUUCACCUGGACCAGAUAUGGCAUCACCACAUAGAGUAUUAAUUGCAAGCGAAGAACAAUUUAAAAUUUUCAAUCUACCGUCAUUAAAACCUAAUUGCAAAUAUAAACUUACUGCUCAUGAAGGAUCCAGGGUACGUAAAACAGGCUUUGCUAAGUUUACAUGUCCAAUCGAUUCUACGGCAGAGCAUAUGGAAACAUGCUUACUUUGUUUGACGAAUCUUGGAGAUUGUUUAAUACUCAGUAUCCCAGAAUUAAGAAGACAACUUAAUGCAGCUGCUAUUAAACGAGAAGACAUUAAUGGUAUCUCAUCCCUAACAUUCACAAAGUCUGGAGAAGCAUUAUAUCUUCAUUCGAGUUCCGAACUUCAACGCAUCUCAUUAUCAGCGACAAAAGUAACAAAAGCCCAUUGUACACUUAAUUUACCACCUAGUGCUAGAGUAUCUGCAGAAACUAGUGCAGAAGAACAAGCUGUUAACGAAGAUGCAGCUGAGAAUGGUGUUGUAGGUUCCAGUGGUGAAGAAUCUCCAAAGGAACCUUCCCUGCAGCCUUCCGCAAGUAUCACUGAGGUGAAUGGGGAAGAUGAACGACAGGAUUUAAGUUCAGUUGGAGAUAUCACCAUUGACAGUGUUAAGGAUCAUUUACUAAAUGCACCAUCAUCGGAAGAACUCAAUAAUCGUUUGGCAGGCCUUAAAAUGGAAGUGACAUCAUGAACUUCUAUAAUAAUCACAUCGGUUUUAAUUGUAUAAAAAAGAAAACAGAGAGAGAAAAAAAAA